CUGAGAUUCAAGAUAGUGGUGAAUUUUGCUCCGGAUCCAACAAUCUUGUGGUGGUGUGGUUUCGUCGUGCCUGCCACGCUCGUUUUGUUUCUGUACCUGAACUUUGCCGGCAACCUAUGGAAGGUGAUGACGGUCACGUCCGGCUGUCGCCGCGUGGCCAGCGAACUGGUCAGUGCAACGAAUCGCCAUUGGAAAUAUUGUUACAGCUGUGCGCUACAGUGUCCCCCUCGCGGGUCGCAUUGUGUCACUUGCGAUGACUGUGUGCUUAAGCGGGACCACCACUGCGUGUUCGCUGGCUGCUGUAUCGGCUACCGCAACCACCGCUACUACAUUGUCGCGGUGUUUCACGGAUGGCUGCUGUCGCAGCUGGCACUGUGCUCGAUAUGGUCAGUUGUAUGGAAGCAGCUCGUGGCGCCGCAGCUGGCGCUGAUCGCGCGGCUCAUCUCCUGCUACCAGUUCCUGCUGGCCACCUUGCUCAUGUCGGGUCUAGUCGCCUGCGCGUUCUUCGGCUACCUGUUCUGUUUUCAGGUGUACCUGGUGUGCACAGGUCAGACCUACCAGGAGCACCUGACCGGCAUCAGUUGCUAUAAUUUGGGCCCACUGCAGAACCUUCGCCAGAUCGUUGGUGAUCGUUACGUGCUCGUCUGGCUUUGGCCGUUUGUCACCUCCAAGCUCCCUGGCAACGGCAUUGAUUUUCCUACCAGGACGAUAGAAACGCGUGUGAAAGUGAUGUGA